AUGGCCCAAGUCCAAGAACCCUCGCCACCUGUAGUUGACGCCUCUGAUCGCAUACCAGAAGCGCCUAUUCUUAGUGUGACUCUGAGUUGUCCGCCCACGCUGGAAUGGACUCGCACUCCGUUCCGCAUCCAGUUCAAGGUGACAUACCUAGGGGCUUCGGAUAGUAGUACGCAUCCAGCUGAGCCGAUUAUCUUCAAUGAUUAUGGAUUCUUCCAAGAUGAGGGACUAUGCCGGGGCACCCAACUCUUCCACCUCCACGAUGACCGCUGGGAGGCGGUUGAGGACGAUGAGGUCUGUGGUGGGGUCGCCUUUGUGGACGAUCCCGAUGUUGCCGUAUGCCCUGCGAAUCAUGAAAACUUCAUUAGCCUGGCGCCUGGGGAAUCAUGGACCUUUAACAGUUUGAUCCAGAAAGAGGGGGAGGAGAGGUGGACUGGUGGGCUUGGGGCGGUGCUGAGCAACAUCAGAAUACCAGUGUCAUGUUAUCUUGCUACCAAGGAGGGCCCGUUAGAGACCCAGUAG